AUGGCUUACCGGGAAGCCCUCGCCGCUCUUCUCCAACAAGUACAAAAUCUUCAAGAGCAACCGCAGGCCCAACAACUGGUAAUCAAGAACCAAGAGCAGCAACUCCACGAACAGCAGCAAGGCACCCAAAAUGAACCACACUCAUCUGACAAUUCUGCACAGCCGCGCUCGGGCCACGUCCCCCAAAGCUCUGCUUCAGCGGCCACCGCCGACACGGAAGUCUGUUGCGUCGCCAUCAAGCUCCCACUGUUUUGGGCAGAGUCACCUGAGGUGUGGUUCGCUCAAGUUGAGGCGCAGUUUUCCCUGGCACGUAUCACCCAGGACCGGACGCGCUACGACUACGUCGUCGCCCACCUAGGCUCUCGCUACGCAGCUGAGCUCCGCGACGUACUCGCAAAUCUUCCAGUUGACGGCUGCUACCUGCAUCUGAAGAGGGAACUAAUUCGGCGGCUUUCACCUUCAGAAGACGAGAAAGUGCGUCAACUCCUUCAGCACGAAGCGCUCGGUGACCGCAAGCCAUCGCAGCUCCUGCGCUUUAUGCAUGCCCUCGCGGGCAGCACGCCUGUUGACGACUCCCUUCUCCGAAUAAUGUGGCUUGACCGUUUACCCUCUCACGCACAGGCCAUCCUCCAGGUUCAGCCGAAUCUGCCGCUGGACCAGCUCGCCGAAAUCGCCGACCGAGUCGUCGAAGCCUCUCCAUCGCCGCCACCUCCUUUCGUCCACGCCACCGGCGCCCCACAGCCCAUUCCCGAGCUCGGUAGCCGUAUCGACGAAAUCGCCCGUCAGGUGGAUUCUAUCCAAAGGCAUCUGGAUCAACGCCCGACGUUGCGUCCCGGAAAACGCCCUCAAAGCUGA